AACAAUAUUUAUCGGCAUGGCACAUUGGCGUUACAACGGAUUCUUUUUCUACCGAUUAGCAAAAGAAAAAGAAAGCAACGGAUUCUUUUCUUGUUUUCAAACCAGAAGAAAGAGCAAUCACCUGAAUUUUCCGACCCAGAUCUCUGGUUUUCGUUUUCCGAUCAUAAGCCAACCUAAAUCUUCCAACUCUUGUCGUGCCUCGACUGUCGAGAAAUGUUUGGGAAAGAUAGUGUUUAUGGACAUAACCAGUGCAUUACCGAAACUGAGAAAUAUGGUCCAAUAGGUCAGUCAAAGCCAUCCAAUGGCACACCAGCAAAGCCACAGAACAACUCGAAGCAGCAGCCAGAUUUUGAUAUAAAUGCUGGCUUAUCAAAUCGGUAUCCAUGGUUUUGUAGUUUGUGUAACACAAAGGCUACAAGCCAGCAGACUCUGCUUGCCCAUGCCGAUGGGAAGGAACACCGAGGAAAAGCAAAAGCCUUUCAUGCUAAACAGCAAUCCACGGUGGAUGCAACCGAGAAGGUCUCUAAUGGUGAUUCCGAAGAGAAGAAAAAGAGAAAGCUAGAGACUUUGGACGAAACGAGUAUCGGAGAUGUACUUCAAGGCGAGGAAUCAAAUGGAGGUGAAGUAAAGAAAGCGAAGAAGCAGGACGAUGAGAAGAAAAUCAAUUGGAAGAAUACUGCUAUUCUCGAGAGAAACAAGUCUCCAAACCGACUUGUUGUCGACGAAGCCUUUAACGAUGGCAGCUCUGUCGUCUCUCUCCAUCCCGCCACCAUGGAAAAGCUGGCGAUACGAUUCUCAUCAAGGACACUGUGUGAUGAAUCAUGCGAGGAACCUAAGAUCAGAAUGAACAAGGUCGUUGGGUCUAACUUGAGGGUUAGACUGGGAGAUGUUAUUUCUCUUCACCAGUGCCCAGAUGUCAAGUAUGGAAGCCCUUCUUACGAAACCGGGGCGUUUUUCUUCUGUAUUAAUAGACCGGAGAUCAUGUCGAAACUGGCCGGUGAGAGCAACCUCAGGAAAGCAUUCAAGGAGACUGAGAAGAUGGAUCAUUCGAUGAACACACAUGGAUAUGUUGGUGCCGAUCUUGCAGCUCUAUGCACUGAAGCUGCCCUUCAAUGUAUCAGAGAGAAGAUGGAUGUGAUGUGAUUGACUUGGAAGAUGACGAAAUUGACGCCGAGAUCCUCAACUCCAUGACGGUGUCUAACGAACACUUCCACGACACUCUAGGAAACAGCAACCCAUCUGCACUUCGUGAAACCGUAAUCACUUUAUGCGAUCAUAAGUAAAACUCUAAAUCAUUUAAAUUCUUUUAAAACUCUAUAUAUAUUAAUUAAUGUCAAGUUGAUAUGAAACAAGUAUCAUUUGGUUUUGGUCAUUUUGGAUUGCUAUGUUUUUUUAAUGCAAACUUUGAAUUUCAUUAAUCUUAAU